CUUUCUAAGCCUGCACAGGCCAUAAAAGAACAGAAAAGGAAUUCGCAAUAACGACGAGCUCCUUUACUCGUAGUUCGUAAAUCUCAUUCCAGAAACUAUGAGCACCUAGGGAAACGAGAAGCUAACACGAUGCUACCACAGCGGAUGAAAAAGGCUAUGACAGACAACCCAAAGAAAUUAGCCAAUUUGAUUGACCUCGUAAAUCUCCCUUCAACACUUAGAGAAUUCAUGGGUCAGUCACAGACUUCUCGCUUAGGUUGUUUUAAACGUGUCUGGUCUUACAUCAAGGAAAACAAUCUCCAGGAUCCAAACAACAAGAACUUAGUUAAUUGCGAUGAAAAGUUAAAGAGUAUCUUGUUGGGUAAGCCCCAGGUUGAGCUUACUGAACUACCCACACUGAUCAAGUUGCACUUCCCCAAGGCACCAAGAUGAUCGAUUUUGUUGUAAUGUUUGGUUGAUGUGCUUAUCCUCGAUUUUUUUACUAGAUUCCAUGGAUUUUAUGAAGGACUUAAAUUGCACAUCUUGGUAAAAAGGCUUGCUUACUGUUCAAGGUUCUACAAGUAGAAACAUAUAUCAUCUUCUGUGGAUCUCCAUAGUUGAGACCAUAUCUCCCUCCAUUUUUAAUUGUUUUGGAUAAUCUUUAUCGUAUCUCUUUUUUAUCUGUAUCGCUCUCCUUUCCAUUAUGAGUUAACCAGCCUUCCUUGAUGAACUUCAUAUUAGGAAUGAGACUGUCUUCAUCUUAGAGAUCCUUGAUAAACUCUGGCUCUUUCAACUAUUGUGAUUCAUUCUUGGAAUGCUUAAGCUAUUGAUGGUUAAGCAA